AUGAUUUCUUAAAAGACUUUAAUAUUAACAUUAGCUAUUAUAGCGAUUUAAGUUUUAGCAGCAUCAAAUGAUACUAGCCUUAUAUGUGGAGGAGCUACUGACACUAACUCUUAUAAUAGAGGAGAUACUGCUAUUAUUUGCGUAUAAAUCAAAGGUUUAGGCAAAAAAAUUCCAUUUUAAGUGACAGUCGAUUAAUAUGCUGGUUUAAAUCUUAAAGGAACUUAUAAUACAAUAAAAAGCUUAGCUAACUUUAGUACUUAAGCAUAAACAGCUAAUGGAUUCUAGCUAGUUGUUUAAUCUUUUUAAAAUUCAAUUUAAAGUGAUGCACUUACAUAUAUUAGAUAAGAUACACCAACUGCUGGUUCAACAACUACACCCUAUGUAUUCCCUAUAUUUUCAGCUGUUAUUUAAAUUACAAAUGGUAAAAUAACUGGAAUAGAUUGGGAUAAUGGUUGCUGGAAUGGAUCAAGUCCAACUGUUUGCAAAUAACUCACUGUAAGUACACUUGAUUCUAAAGGUAAUUAAACCACUUAUAGCGAAUCUAAUAACUAUAUUACAGACUGUACAAAUAAUUCAACAGACGGUUCUUGUGAUCCUAAGGUAUAUAUAUCCUGGAUGGGUACAGAUUCUAACGGUAACUACAUGACAUCAGCUGGACUAAGAAUGUCAAGAUUUUAAUCAUAUUCAGUAGGAGAAUUUUAUCAAAGCUCAAAAUCAGCUUUCAGUGGAAUAUCUAUUUGA